CCUAAUUCUCUUAUUACGCCUCUUUGAACAGUGGAAACUUAGGGUUUUAAAAAUGUCUCAGCUCUUCAGCCGAAUCUCGAAGCUUUCAUCCCCCUUGAAUCGGAGGAGGUUCUCGACGGCUCCCUAUCUGUACCUCGGGAGAGAAGUGGUCGGCGAAUCUCCUUGCGGCGGAAACGUUGUCAACUUCAACUUGUACGAUCCGAGGAAAGAGGAGCAAGUGGUGAUCCAAAACAAGACUCUGUCCAAGCAUCUCCGCGAAUCCAAGAGGAUAGGAUCUUCGAGAGGAUGGCUAGCUAUGAUGAACAAACGCGACUCCACAGUGCGUCUCACCGACAUCUUAAGCAACAACCCUUCGAAGACGAUCUCUCUACCUCCCUUGAUCAAGGACCAAGAAACCGAACGCCUCAUCAAUGUCUCUGUCUCGUCCAAAGACCACGCGGGUCGUGUGGUAGUCGCCGCGAGGUCUGACGGGUCAAGACUCAGUCUGUGUCGAGUGGGUGACUCGGAGUGGACUCGUGUCGACCUACCUUGCCCAGCCUUCCGUUUAUCUCCAGUCAUGUACUCGGACAGAGACCGGAAGUUCUACGUCAACAGUUGCAUCUCUGACUACUCCGGUCCGACUGAGUACGGUCCGGUCAAUGCCUACGUGAGAUACCCUCUGUCUAACUCUCCCAAGCUCGAUCUCCGACGUCUCAAUAUCCACCAGCUAUUUGUCGAGUCUCCUUCCGGCGAGUCGUUCAUCGUUCUAUGGGGUCUGGACUGCAUGACGGACAAAGGAGAAGCUGUGGAGUGGAAAGACAAAAUGUCCAACCAGCGCGAGCUUCUUAUAAAGACUCGCAACAUUAUGGUUUAUAGGCAAGACUCCGACAAAGGGAUUGGUCCAUACACCAAAGACAUUGGUGAUCUCUGUAUUUUCGUGGGAGAGAACGAACCGUUUUGUCUCUCGCCUAGCGACUACCCUGGUCUCAAACCUAACUCUGUCUACUUUGCUGGUCGCGGCUCUGGUUACGGCAUCUGUGAUCUCGCAUCUAGCACCAUCACCUAUCUAUCUGAUUCGCCCAUACGUCAUCCCCUCUUUUGGAUUCCUCCCCAGAAUUAGAGGAAUUUUUAGGUUCUAACUAUCAUCUUGCAUUUAGGUUGUCUUCUGUCCGGGUCCUGUUAUCAUCUUGCACUUUGAUUAUGUUAUAUCCCUUCACCAUCUAGGCUAUUUUUUCAUCCAGCUUGCAUUUAUAUCACGACGUCGCGUCCUGUCAUCAUCUUGCAUUUAGAUUAUGCCCGGUCCUGUUAUGAACUGAGAUAGAUUGGCUAAUAAUUUGUUAUAAAAUCA